CGCUUAGUGCAAUCUUACACUGCAAGCAGUCGAGUUCGUGCUGCUUCAGCCAUGUCCAUCCUUUGGCUGCUUUUGUUGGCACUCUAUGCAGUCGGAGUUGCGGAAGGUGAUGAGUUUUCACUCGCGAUCAUUCCUAAAUCGAUCGUAGUCACUUUCGGUGAAACACCAAGCAUCCGUGUCGAGGCAAAUGGAUACCUUCCAGUACCGAUCAGGGUGCAUUUGGCUCAACAGGAAGAAGUGCAAGUGUUAUCCAAUCGUACACUGUCUUUUGGCGAAGGAUUACGCAAUGAGAGCGUCGAGGUGCUGUUACACCCCGUAAGACAAGGACGAUUUAUCAUUCAACCUGUUAUCGAACCUCCUGGGGUGGUGGACGGAAGCAGACUCUUUCUGCUGAUGAAGGUGGCCAUGUACGAACCACUGAUCAUUAUUUCACUUCUGAUCGGCUGGACUUACACUGCGUGCUGGUCGAUUGGAUACUAUCCUCAAAUCUGGUACAAUUACCGCCAGAAAAAUGUAGUUGGCCUAAGCUUUGACUACUUGCACAUUAACAUCAUUGGCCACAUUACGUACGUGAUAUUCAACGCAUUCCUCUACUGGAACAGCUACAUCGAGGAAGAGUAUUACAGACGGCAUCCGCUAGGACUGAAUCCUGUGAUCCUGAAUGACAUAGGCUUUGCUGCCCAUGCCGUGUUUGGUACGGGAUUCACUAUCCUACAGUGCCGUUGGUACUACAACGGAGGCAAUACUGUAUCCAAACCGGCGAAAGCGAUCAUCGGACUGUUCCUGCUUCUGAUUGUAGCUAGCAUGAGCAUGGCUUGGCUGCGAUACAUUCAUUGGUUGGACUUUUUGUACGUGUUGAGCUACAUUAAACUGCUCACAACGAUGGUCAAGUAUUUCCCACAAGCGUACAUGAACUAUUGUCGGAAGAGCACGGUAGGAUUUCACAUUAUGAAUCGUUUGCUGGACCUCGCCGGGGGACUGUUUGGCAUACUGCAGAUGAUCAUCAACGCUUGGAACUUUGACGACUGGACUUCAAUCGGCGGUGAUCCGGUCAAGUUUGGGCUUGGCAUCUUCUCCAUACUGUUUGACUUUGUGUUCAUGUUUCAACACUAUGUUCUGUACAGAAAUUCUAAACCGAAACCAGAUCCCGUCGAUCUUCCGAUUCUCCAGAAACCCGUGAAAACGACCAGCGUCGAAGAGUGAUGGUACACGGCAUCAGCAGAUUCAAUAAAAAAAAAGCAGGAUGGUAAUUUUUGAUAGGCGGUGUA